GUCAUUGGCAUCAGCUUCGGCAACACAACUAGUGCCAUUGCGUACACCAACCGCGAGGGGAAAGCAGAGUGUAUUGCCAACGAGGAAGGCAACCGUGCCAUUCCAUCUGCUUUGGCCUACGUCGGUGGAGACGAGUACCACGGUGAUCAAGCCUAUGCACAGCUCGUCCGAAACCCAACCAACACAAUCCUUGCCUUUCGCGAUUUCAUUGGCAAGCCUUUUGCAAAAGUCGACCCAACACCCUGUCACUUGAGCGCACACCCAAUCGAAAAGGAUGGCUUUGCCGCAUUCAGUGUGUCUCAUGUUGUGGAUGGACAACCAGCGAAAGCGGAAGUCUUGACAGUCUCGCAGGUAGCAGCGCGGCAUCUGAGUAAAGUACGUGAUUCAGCGGCUGAUUUCUUGGGAAAACAAAUCGCUGGUGCGGUAGUGACUGUACCUACUGAUUUCUCCCCAGAGCAACGCGCUGCCCUCGAGCAAAUUGGUAAAGACGCCAAGCUACCCAUCUUGCAAUUGAUUCAUGAACCGGUCAGUGUGGUGCAGGCGUAUGCAGCGCUAGACUUGGCAUCCGGUAAAGAAUCACAGGACAGGACGAUUGUUGUGGCGGAUGUUGGUGCGACACGCUCCGAUGUUUCCGUCAUUUCAUGCCGUGGUGGUCUCUACACACUGCUUGCUACUGCUCAUGACGAAAGUUUGGGAGGCAGGCUACUGGAUGAUGUGCUUGUGGAGCACUUCCGCAAGGAGUUCCUCAAGAAGCACAAAGUGGACAUUGCCGGUAAUACGCGCGCCUUGGCAAAGAUGCGUCAACAGUGUGAAACAACCAAAAAGACACUCUCUGCCUCGAGCACUGCCACCGUCUCUGUGGAAUCCCUUGCAGAUGGUCUUGACUUCCACUCAAACAUCAACCGUAUCCGUUACGAAACCCUUGGCCGUCCCGUCUUUUCACAAGUUGCAGACUUGGUGCUCGCUGCUAUCAAAAAGGCAAAUCUUGAGACCUUCGAUGUGGCAGAGGUGAUUCUUGCUGGUGGUACCACGAAUACCCCUAAACUCGCCCACAACAUUGCCGAGUUAUUCCCCGAAUCGAGUGAUAUUCGGUCACCGGCCACGAGCAACACCUCCCUCAACCCUGCAGAACUCGCUUGUUUGGGCGCUGCUGUGCAAGCUUCAUUGAUUGCUGAUUACGAGCAAGAAGAUGUGCAAGAGAAUACACACCCAGUCAUUACAACAGUCCCUCAUCUUGCUGCUGCCGUGGGUGUUAAGACUGCAGAUGGCUUUGUUACGGUCUUGGAGCAGUACACGCCCUUGCCAUCACGUCGUACGGUCACGGUACCUUUUGCAAAAUCGCUCGAGAUUUGUGAAGGGAAAGCGGGGAUCAAGGAGGUUGAGAUUGAGGAA